GGCAGCUGGGAGGAGAAAGGAUCAUUCCAGUGUGCUCAGUCCCAGAGCAGAACAAAAGCCUCCUGAGCCCCAGCCAGCAUGGAGUACGCAGCAGAAUACUCCUUUGCCCUGCCACUCAUAUUCACAGCCUUGGCCGUGGUCCUAGCCACGUUGCUGCUCAAACUACGCUCCGGAGGGGGGAAACCUCAGGCUGAAGUUGCGGAGGAAGACAAGGAAAAAGUAACGGAGACUUUGGAAAAAGAGGAAAGGAUACAGGAAGAAAUUGCAGAGGCUACGGAGGUGACGGAUGACACAGAUAGUGGAAAGAUUCCGGUGGAGGAAAUUGGGGCAAGAGAAGAGCCACCUCUAGAGGAGGCAAAAGAGCCAGAGGCAGUACAAUCUCCAGCCAAUAAGACAAGGACCCCCAGCCAAUCAAGCCAGGAGGAAGAUGACAGUAAGGAGGACGAUUUGGAGACAGAAAGUGAUAAAGUGCUGAAGAUCAGUGAAGCUGAUGAUGCAGAUGAUGAAGAUUCUUCCUUUAAAUACCUUCCUGGAAAGAUGCGUGGAAGCGAGUUCCAAAAGAUAUUCACCAAAGAUGAGCUGGACGAAGAGCAGAGGAUUGAGUUGACUUCUGACUUCACAUCCCUGUAAAUUGACAGUGCCCAAACACUGUUCCUAUGUGAUCUGAAGAUGAUAUGAAGCUUCCCUUAGACACCAGCUAAAGAGAUUUUCUGAAAUUAUGAAAUUUUCCAUUUACCCCCCCCCCAAACCCCACCAAAAGCUAAAAUAAAGUAUUAAUUCCCCAAGGGAUGUGCAUAGAUCUUAUAGACAAGAAGGUGGGAGUUGCAGAAAAUCUUCUCUCGAUGAGGACUUAUACUGGAUGCAAUGAGAGUUUGCCUUGCUUUCUUUAUUCAUGAUGGGGGUUUGAUUCCCCCCACUUUUAAAGUGUAUUACGUGGCUUCCGCAUGCCAGGUUGGAGGCGCAAUAGCCAGCCUAUUACUAUGCAAGUUACGCCUUAAGUUCAUGUAGAUGCAUUAGGUGAUGCACACAGUUCUUCUCUGUACAUGCUGGGACGAGAGAAUAAAAUAUCAGACUUU